AUGUCAAACAUAGUAUGCCUUGGUCAAUUUGUGAUACCUAUACGUUCUCCUACCUCCGAAACCCUUCCCGAUCAGCCACAGCAAGCCUUCCUUCAGCAAGGGACAGCCCGAGUGCAUGUGUGGUGUGCCCCGAGACAAAUGGUUGGAGAUCUCAGUCAAGUUCAAAGCAAUUUCCUCGGUCCAAUGCUAGGUCCAGUGGGCAGCUGCUCAACACCAAUAACCAAAGAAGGAAUCAACUCAUCCGAACAGUCUCUGAUAAAGAUCCGGGCUUUUGUUAUUACUAAAAUCUGUAAGGAUCCUCAACUCAGGGGUUGCAUCUUUGGUCUCGCUUCGAACAAGGACUCCAUUUCAUCUGCUUUCUCAAAGGCACAAAUCACUCUCUCUCCCAUCUGGAACUACGAUCCUAGCCUCUUUUUCAAUAUCCCUCAAAUGUCUGUUACACCAACCCUCACUAGUACUCCAGAAGAGGAUGAUUCUUCUCGGUCCGUUCUCAGAAACUGUGUAACCACCUUGAAAGACCAUCAAUACACAGCUCUAAAAUUCCUGAAGAGAAACGAGUCUACCGAACGAAACACAAUUGAAGACCUGUGGAACCACCCCAUGAAUAGUUGGAUACGACGAUCUAGUAACCCUUCUGACCUACGACUUGAAGAAACAGACCAAUUUACUAGCCGAGGAUCCAUACUUGCUGAUGACAUGGGCUUAGGAAAAACGUUAACCAGCCUUGCGUUAGUUCUGGCAACCUCUAAUUCGGCAAAACACUUCCAGACAAGCGGCUUCGGCAAUCAUCUACUUCAAUCUUCAGCCACUCUGAUUAUUUGUCCGUUAGCAACCUUGUCAAACUGGGAAAAUGAGAUCAAGAUCCACUUUUCCCGGGGAGCCUUAACUUACUGUGUCUUUCAUGGAAGAGAUCGAGGAAGAAUCGAUAGAGAACGUCUAUUGUCAUCACUUAUUGUCUUGACAACCUACGAGAUGGUUGGAACGUCUGGAAACCCACUGCAUACGAAUCAAAUCACGAUCGAAUCAUUGGAUAUCUGUUGGUUCAGAAUCGUGUUAGAUGAAGCUCAUAUGAUCCGCAAUCCAAAUGCCAACAGGACUUUAAACAUUCAAAAGUUGAAAUCAAAGUUUGUCUUGUGCCUGACCAGGACACCAUUCCAAAACAGACUCACAGACGUGCAAAGUUUGAUAUUGCUCCUGAAGAUCUGGCCAUGGAAUAAGGAGUGGAUCUGGAAGAAGCACCUCAUACCUGGAAUGAACGUUGGAUCCCAAGAAGCAAUCACAACUUUGAACCUGUUGAUGGAAACCGUAUGCUUGAGGAGGACAAAGGACGUGCUCUUGAAUCUACCUUCCAAGGUAGAAAAAGUGGUAGUUACUUUGAAUAUCUGGCGAGGUGUGGGAUUCGACAGAAUUUUUCCGACAGCUCACCAUGAUACGGCAGUUCUGUAA